AUGGCAAUUGUCAAUAAGAUGCGGAUUCAUAGCGAUAAGACGGAGGAUGUCACCAUCGUUGAGAAGAUUCUACGAUCUCUAACACUAAAGUUUAACUUUGUUGUCUGCUCCAUACAAGAAGCCAAGGACAUUGAAGAACUCUCAAUUGUUGAACCGCAAGGGUCGUUGUUGGUUCACGAACAAAAUUUUCUUCAAGAAGAGCUGGAAGAGAAGGCGUUGAAGGCAACUGCAGAUCACUUUCGUCAUCAACAAGAACGAAUAUUGGUAGAGGUAGAGCAAGGGGAACCAAUGAACGUCACAGUUUCAAUCAAAAGCCUAAUGGUCAUUUUUCUCGUGAUGCUCAAGGUGGAGGACGAGGGCGUGGAGGUCAGCACUCAACUGUUUUCAAACCAAGAAACGGAGAAAAUUUCAUCGAACCCGUGGUAUAUUGACACCGGUUGCAGCAACCAUAAGUUUGGAGACAAGAAGGCAUUCUCUGCAUUAGAUGAGUCGUUCCGCACCUCGGUCAAAUUUGGAGACGACUCGACCGUGCCGGUCAAGGGUAAAUGGACGCUUGCAAUUGUUCCUAAAGGAACCUCGGUUCAGAUGAUCAAAGAGGUGUUUUAUGUUCCUGAGUUAAAGACCAACCUCCUAAGUGUUGGACAAUUGCAAGAGAAGGGAUAUGAAAUUACACUCAAAGGAGGUGUUUGCAGAAUCCAUGAUGAGAAACAACAUCCGAUUGCUCAAGUUAAUAUGAUUGCCAAUCGGAUGUUCCCGCUGCAUCUUCAUGACACCUCUUACUCAUGUUUCUCCGCAAGAUUGAAGGAUAAAGCAUGCCGUGAUGUGAUCUUUGAUGAAGAGAAAUUCUGGUCAUGGAGCGAGAAGAAUGGUGGUGAUGGUGGUGAACCAAUUCCAGCAAACUUUGAAGAUGAUAAUGAGCUAGAAAAGCAGCCCUCUACAAGUGAAGUCACCAUAGAAAAUACUAAAAAUUCAACGGUUGCUGCAGCUUCUGAAGAAUGA